UUCUGUAACUAAACCUGUGCGUACAAAAGCUGUUGGGGCAAACUAAGCGAGUACAGAGAGUGGAUUUUACAAUUCUGUCCACCAUAUUCAUACAAGUCUAACAACAAAACCAGUAGGUGAACAUACGUCACGUAUGCCCCACCUUCCCUCUUCUCUGACUCUCUCUCUCUCUCCCAAAUGCCUCCCUUCCAGGCCACACGGACUUUCCAUUUCACACACCCCUCCCCCUGACAUCAGAGGAGGCAGAGGCGCUCCUUCGCCCCGGUCCAAACUCAACUUACAAAGCCCGACAUUAUAUCUGUCAGAGAGGAGACCUGCAUGGACAAAACCCGGACUAAUACCAAUGUUUUCGUGCGAUUUACGGCGAUGAGGGAUUCCCGAGGCUUAACGCACCUCCAAUUACCAAAGAAGGGGCUAUUAAGCUCAAUUAUUUGUUAGAAAUAGAGUGUAAAAGGAGAAAGGGUGUGCAUGUUACUCGGCGGGCUUCAUUUCCUCGGUGCUGUAGAGCAGGAGCUGGAUGACAUGAUGCUGCAGAGCCCGCUCACCUCCACGCCGUUUUCUGUCAAGGAUAUCCUCAAGCUGGAGCAGCAGCAGCAGCAGCAGCAGCAACAGCAGUCCGGGUCCUUGGAGCUCCAGCACCGGUCCCACACUCAGCAGUUGACCGGGUCUCCUCCCCAGCAGCAUUUCCAAACACCGCCGUCCUGCAUGCUCGCCGGGGCCCGGGACAGUCCUUCCUAUUCGGACGGGGAGGACAACCUGGCUUACCUAAGCGCGCUGGCGGUGCGGGAGGAGGACCGCGGGGAGACCAGCCUGUCCCCGGACAUGUAUGUUCAUCCCGGCCUGCAGGGAGCCAAGCUGGAAGUCGCCGAGCUGGACGAGCAGGAGAGCAAGAGCUGUGGCUUGGUGUCCCGGGAGGAGGCAUCAGAGGGCGGGCAGGGCGACUCGGAGCGGCCGGUGCAGAAGCAAAGGAGCCGGCGGAGACCCAGGGUGCUCUUCUCCCAGGCCCAGGUCUUCGAGUUGGAGCGUCGUUUCAAGCAGCAGCGCUACCUGUCUGCCCCUGAACGGGAGCACCUGGCGACCACCCUCAAACUCACCUCAAACCAGGUGAAAAUCUGGUUCCAGAACCGCCGCUACAAGUGCAAACGGCAACGCCAGGACAAGUCUCUGGAGGCGGCGGGGCAACACCACCCUCCUCCGCCCCGACGCGUCGCCGUGCCGGUGCUGGUCCGAGAUGGGAAGCCGUGUUUGGGCGGUGCGCAGAGCUACGCCACUGCUGCUCCAUAUGGAUCCAACCCGUACGGUUAUAACGGAUACCCAGCAUAUACAUACAACAGCCCUGCUUACAACACCAACUACAGCUGCACGUACACCAGCAUCCCUGCCCUGCCUCCGUCCAACACCUCCAAUGCCUUCAUGAACAUGAACUUGGGAAACGUGAGCGGCCUCGGCGGCACCCCACAGGCUCAAACGCACCAAGGGACAGCAGUCGCAUCCUGCCAGGGCUCUCUUCAGGGGAUCCGGGCCUGGUAGCCUCACCAGAACAGAACUAGUGUCUCUUUUUUUAAUGGAGCUCUUUUAUUUUGGUCAACUCACAAUCUUUUAGAAGUGUGUGUUAACUUGGUCAAAACGCCCCAGAAAACAGUAUUGCUUAUAUAAUGGAUGGGUUCGCCUGCCAGAUGAGAUGAAAUUUCACUCAGAUUUUCGGCUCCUUAAAUGCAUUACAGCCGAGAUCAGUAUGCGUAAAGACUCAGUGUCACAGAGUGGCAUCGGAACAGUCACAGCAUGGGUGAAAUUUCGUGAUGUGGUCCAGUAGGAAUUGUUGGUGUUCUAGUUUGGCACUGUUAGGAGUGAAGCACAGAGGGGGGGAUUAAGCACAAGUUUGCGCAUUUCUCCUUAUUGGAAUUCAAAAAUAUGAUUCUUUUUUUUUUUUUUUUUAAUGUUUGUUUUUAACAUGGUAUAUUUUAGCUAUGGAGAGAUUGAAUUGCUUUCAAAUCUUUUUUUUUUUUUUUUUUUUUGAUUCAACAGAGAAUUGUUUUAGUCUAUUUCACAUCUAUUCAAAUAAAUCCGAGAAAUGAGAAAAGGUGCGUUUGAUUCUGUAUUUGGGCAACCAAAAAGAUGUGGAAACUUUCUGUGUGCAGAAAGAGAGAUGGACAUAUUACUAUUUCAAAGGAAAAAUAUACACAAUAUCGUCAGCGAA